GAAAACUGAAGGCAAAAAAAAAAAAAAAGUGAUAGAUAAAACAAACAAAUAAAGAAAGAAAGACAAUAAAAGCCGGCGCUGUCCGCGAGGAGCGCUGAGCGGAGCGAGUUCGCGAGCGCGAGCACAGACAGCCGGUUGGUGCGCGAGGCGUGACGUCAGAGCCGCCGGUGCUGAGCAGUUCUCAGAAUAGACUUCUAGGAAACGGUAAAUUUUAAAAGCCGAGCCUUUACACUCUGUCCUUCACUCGCUGGGAUCCUACGCUGCCGAUAACACACUCCACAUCGCGGCCGCACGCAUCCGGAGCCGCUUUUUGACCGCGUCGCGCGCUCUAUUUCCAUUUAUUCCCUCUUUUUUUUAAUCUGUAAAGGAUUAAAGAGCCGGAGCGGAGCCGCUCGCGCACUCGGAGCCGGACUCGGAGCGCUUCGUGCCCUCUCGGCCUCUUCACAGAAACCCGAUGACACGACUUGUUUAUCCAGACGAGGUGUUUUCACUUUAGAUAUCCAGCCGUCUCUUUAUGUUCUCCUUCUUCUCCGUGGAUUUCUGACCGGAUUUUUGGCCAAUAGCAUGAUUCUUUGUGUCCCCGGUCCUAGAAGUCUUCUGCCCGCAGCUCCCUCCUCUGAAGCCCCUCGGGGCAUGAGGGCAGGAACUGCACCACCUUCACCUUGCCUUCAAAGCGCCCCUCCAUUAUGGGACCCCACAAAGGAUCUGCGGGCAAUCGCCAGCAACUUCUGCUUUCUAGAAAACUCAGGAUGGUACUGGGGAGCUGUGACGGCGGCCCAGGCCCACGCGGCUCUACAAGAGGCAUCUGAAGGAGCGUUCCUGGUCCGGGACAGCAGCCACCCUCUGUACAUGCUGACCCUGUCGGUCAGGACUGCGCGAGGACCCACCAGCAUACGCAUUCAGUACAGCGGCGCCCAGUUCCUGCUCGACUCCAGCUCCCCCGCCCGGCCCAGCAUAUCGUCCUUCCCCAACGUGCCCAGUCUGGUGCAGCACUACAUGGGACCAGAGAGGAAAGCGGAGGAGCGCAAGGUGGAGGAGGAGGUUCCUUCGAAAGCUUCGCAGCAGACUCUUCAGGAGACGUCCGUGGUACUGAAACUGAAGCGGGCGGUGUACAAGCCCCAGAGCCUCCCCUCUCUGCAGCACCUCACGCGCCUCGUCAUCAACAGACACACUGACUGCCACGAGCAGCUCCCACUGCCCAGGCCCCUGCUGCGAUACCUACAGGACUAUCCCUUCAAGGUAUGAGGGGCCUGAGGAGCGCGUCACUGUGGCUGAAUGUCAGCUUCCCAAUGAAAAAAAAAAACCCCAGAAAAACUCUAAUGCAGGUACUAAGUGCCUGCACAGGACGCCACUGCUCUAGCAGUCGGAGGCCAGUCGCAGACAUACUGGACACAGGGUCAUCGUGUUGUCGCUGACAAAAAAAAAAAAGAAAAGAAAAGUAAAAAAAGUGCAAAUUCAGCUCGAACUGACAUGUCUGGUUCCAGACGUAAUUUAUCGAGGACUUGGUGGUGAACCACCCCAGGAACAAAAACAAGAAAAAAAAAAAAAAAAAAGACAAUUUGCAAGGAAAAUGCAGUACUGUAAUCAACACUCAUUUUA